AAACAUGACAUCUCCAAACAUGAUCAGAUGGGUAAUGUAUCAACUUGACAUAAAUAUGAAGAUUACAUUUGACAGAACACUAUGAAUUGUCCUAAUAUCUUAUUUUAUCCUGCAGUUGUACGCCAUGAUUGUGGCCCUGCUUGUAGGAAAUGAAGUGCAAGCCAGGACACCGUGGAGCGGCUCUCAUUGCUGGACUCCUUGGUUUGAUCGAGACAACCCCUCUGGUACUGGAGACUAUGAGACUCUUAAGAACCUGUACAAGGAAAAUCCAAAUAAAAUCUGCAAAGCACCCAUUGAUAUUGAAGUCCAAACUACAUCUGGGUUAAGCAUGGAUUCAACAGGCGAUGUGGUUGCUGUAGCUGACACUACUAGUGGGUUCAUCUGUAGAAAUUCAGACCAGAACACGGGAAUGUGCUCUGAUUAUCGUGUACGUUUUAGAUGUCCAUAUGAUUACUGCCAGCGCAAAGGUUAGCUCAUCUGAUGGUUUUGAUCGUCGCCACAAAAGAUUUGCAUGACAACAAAGUACGCUUUAGAUGCCCAUGUGAAUGAAAUGUCAGCAAGCCAAGGUUUUGAAUGAACCUUUUAUAGCUCUUGAUUCACUAUAAAAGUAUAUCUUAGGUACUGUAUAUGGGUAAACUAAAUAUAUGAAAAAUGAUUAAAACUUGAAUUUACUAUCCUCUUUGCCUUGGAAAAAUGUAUGUUCUUUCUUAAUCAUCAU